UGGUGCUUCCUGCUUGAAUCUAUUCUGUGCCUCUACUCUGCAGCCGUAUUCCAUUCCCCCCACUCCAUUUAACAAGAUAACAGGAACAGGCAGCAGUUAAUGCAGUGCUGCAAUCAGCGCAAAACACGGUAGUAUCUAUCUAAUAAACUGAAGCGGCAGAAGCGCCGAAAAAUAUUGCAGCGUAUAGCUGGGCUACAAAGUGUUUUAACUGCAGUCUGUGCACAAUUUUAGAUGCACACAGCCGAGUAUGUCUAACCAUCAUUCUCAUGCCAAACUGCAGUGUUCCACUCUAUUUUAAACAGCGCCAAGGACUUUUUAAGCCUGCAUCCACGGCCCUUUCUACUCAAUUUCACUGUUCACUUUGAAUACUGGGUUUAUUUUUUAAAAUGGGAGCCACCGGGCACGCUCGAGUAUUACCAUCAUCAUGGAGUCGGAAUAUUUAGCUGAAGAUAUCCGAAAUUUGAAACUGUCUGCAGAAGAAGUUCUAAUUUAUUGUCUAUCUGAAAAGGUGCGUCCAUUCUUAGAGUUUAUCCAUUUAUCCUAUACAAUCUGCUCUCUAUAUAUCCAUUAUGGUUACAGGAAGGGAUUCUUAAAACAAACCACAGAAUAACUCGGAAAACUGAUCCAUUAUAUUGAAGUGUGCAAAAAAGGUAAAACUGUACGAAAAUACAUAGGAGAGAAACCAAAAAACAUGAGCGGCGUGCACAGCUAUUCCUGAAAGCCCUCAAUUCUGGAUACUGUUUAAUGACAACUCGAACGGCCUCGAAACUUACUCGUGAAUCAUCUGAAAAUGCUCUCUGAGUUGUGAACAACGGCCACCAAAUACAACUACAAGCGUGAACAAUAGACACGAUGAGUGACGUAAUUGUGUUGGCCAUUCCUGUUGCCUUGGCGUGUGCAAUUGUGGCGGUGCUUGUGGUCGCCCUCAUGAAGUACAACAGGUGUCCUUCCAGCAGAAUCACUGUCUGUUGUCCAGACCGGGACGCCGAGUGUUGCAGGGACAACUGUCCCAAAUCUGUAAUUCCAAAUCUCCUGCUGGCGGGCAAGGGACACCAAAAUGGCAACAGUCAGAUGAGUUUGAACUCCAAAGAGGACUCGACGUCUCUGCACUCUGGAAAACAACUACACACUCCUGCAAGCUUCUUCUCCUCCUCGUCCAGAACGGGGAAGGGGUCCACGGCCGGAUCCACUGCCACUGCCUCUGGCACCCCUCCCCCACCCCAGGGCAUGUACAGGACACAGUACAAGAGGGUGUCAAUCAGACCCCCUUCAUCAUCGGACGAGAGUGAAGGAGAGGGGGGUGAGGCCAGGCGCCAAGAGAGGAGGCCAGGCGAGAGCAGUCCACGACCCCGCACGCCAGACACGUCAUCCGGCAACGCCUUCCAGUUUCCCCCUGUGACCUCAUCUGCUGGCUGGGGUGGGAACAAUAAGAGGCAACGACAGCAGCAUCAGAUGCCCCCCUUUGUGGAGACACACCCAGUCACGCCCACGUUCACUUCGGGCAUCCCUGUGCAGAAUAGCCCCCCUGUUCCCCCCUCUCAAUUCAGACCUACAGGGGACGGAAAGGUGUGCUCUGAAGGCACCGAAGAUCAGUUGACAGUCUCGAUUCUGGACCUGCAGUCGGCCUCGGAGGAGUGCAACAUAGCCAAGGAGGGAUCCAGAGUCACGCUAAUGGUCCUGCCUGACAAGAAGUUCAAGUUCAAGACCCCAGUGGCCAAGGCAAACACGUUCCCUAUCCUCUUCAAGAAGAGCUUCUCUUUCGCUGUCGGAAAUGAGAUCGACAUUUUGAACACGUCUCUCCGAUUCCGCGUGUACUCCUGCGAGUCUAUUCUGUCCAAGAGCGUCCUCAUCUGCCAGAGACUGGUCAGACUAGAGGACCUGCCCCUUCCUCAAGACAGCAGCAGCAGCAGUCACUACUCCUCGCCAUACUCUAGGUCACACCACUCGUCGCAGCGGAGGGGAGGGGAAGGGGGAGGUUCGAUAUCACUAGACCUAUUUGCGCCGGCAGACGAGGAAGAGGAAGAGUGUAUGUCCAACAUCGCCGCCAGAGGUCAUCACAAUAAGACACCCUCCAGGUCCAGCUCCCUCUCCCGCAAGUCCAGCGAAGAGCAGGGCCACGAGCACUACUCCCCCGACCACCACCACCACUCAUCCCCCCUCUCGGCCAACAACCCCCUGGCUGCUCACAGGAGUCCCCCCUCGCUACUACUGGGGCUCGCUUAUAAUUUCAAUACUGGACGAUUGAUAGUGGAAGUUCACAGAGCUACUAACUUGAGAUGGGCAGGUGCAUCAUCGCCCGACUCUUUCGUCACAGUGGCAAUGUCAUCGAAGAACGAGCGGAAGACGAGCACUAAAAAGAGCAACUGCAGUCCUGUUUUUAUGGAGAACUUCGUAUUCGAGGUGGCCAUGACUCACCUCACCCUCUGCUUCGUCAAAAUCAUCCUCUUCGUCAAACAGGGUCGAACAAAGCGGAAGAUGGGAGGAGUGCACCUCUCUUUGAACUCAACAAGUGAAGAGAUCAGAAGCCACUGGAAGCAGAUGAUGCACGCUGAAGGAUCCAGCAUAGUGAAGUGGUACGAUCUACAGGAAGACAUGCACUAGUCCGCCACACACACACACACUCUCUAUCUCUCUCUCUCUCUCUCUCUCUUUCAUCCGUUUUAAUCAACUGAUGUGAUCUAUUCAUUCGAAAAUAUAGCUCAGUCAGGCCAAACUGCCGGCAAAAUAUUUUUCCACCGACGAAUUUGAACUAUUUUCAUUCGCAUUCAAUUGUUCUUUGAUUGAUUGCUAAACACUUAAUAGCGUGAAAAAAAAUAGUGAAAACACUUCAACCAAAAAGUACCAUUCUCUGAUAGAUCAAAAAAUUCGAAGCCAGGGGUAUCCUCAAAAUUGGCAUUAACUGAUCAAACGGGUCGAGAUAAUGUUCGAAAAAGGUUGGGUGGAACUAACUCAGCAAAAGUGUACACCUACUACUUUUCAACUAGUUUACCAGGAGUGGGUAAUUUGAGUCCAUUUCCUGCAACA